CACUCACUCAUGAUCAUCACUCCCGCCACACGCACCUCAAGGGCCACGCUGACACAACCAGAAGAGUGGAGGAGAGAAGAGGAUACUCGCCCUGUCGCAGGACUUUGUCAAACUAAAAGUCUUCUUUGGAUUGGUUUUUAUUUAUUUUCUUUUAACCCUGAGGUCAGAAUCCUCCUUUUGUGCUGACCUUUCCAAGCCCCCCCUCCCAGGAGCAAAGAUGAGCUGCAGGAAGAGGUGCAAGCGGGAGAUCUUCAAGUUCGCACAGUACAUGUAUAGAUUUGUCACGGGCACCCUCCAUACCGACAGCGUUGAAGAUGAGCUUGAGCUAUCCACAGUUCGCCAUCGCCCCGAGGGCCUCGAACAGCUGGAAGCCCAGACACGUUUCAACCGCAAGGAGCUACAGAUCCUCUACCGCGGCUUCAAAAAUGAAUGCCCCAGUGGAGUCGUCAACGAAGACACUUUUAAAGACAUCUACGCACAGUUUUUUCCACAAGGAGAUGCUUCAACAUACGCGCAUUUCCUGUUCAAUGCAUUUGACACAGACCACAAUGGCUCUGUGAGUUUUGAGGAUUUUGUUAUGGGCCUUUCUAUCCUCCUGCGAGGCACAAUCCAGGAAAAACUCAACUGGGCUUUCAACUUGUAUGAUAUCAAUAAAGAUGGCUAUAUCACUAAAGAGGAAAUGCUAGACAUCAUGAAGGCCAUCUACGACAUGAUGGGAAAAUGCACAUAUCCUGUCCUCAAAGAGGAGACGCCUCGUCAGCAUGUAGAAGUAUUCUUUCAGAAGAUGGAUAAGAAUAAAGACGGAGUGGUAACCAUCGACGAGUUCAUCGACUGCUGCCAAAAUGAUGAAAACAUCAUGCGAUCAAUGCACCUCUUUGAAAAUGUUCUUUAACUUUUGGCUGGCUAUGGAGGCUUUGGAAGAGAACAUCGUCUUUAGCUUGGCCCAAUAACUGACUGGGACUCAUACUGUGUACAGUGUGCUAUGCAGACUUUUGAUCAUAGAUAAAAUAUUGUUCAUUACUGUGGGCCACAAGUAGGAGUAGGCAAUAUGGUGAGAACACUCUGGAAUGAGUUGCCUUUUGAACAUUUUGUUCAAUAAAUUGAUGAUUAUAUAAAAAUGAAUAGAAAAUUCAAGGUUGAUUUCCACCAUUUGUCUCUGGAGUGUCUUUCUAUUUGCUUUACACAAGUAGUGCAAACUGUGUUAGCCUCCAACAUUAUAAACACACAGAAAAGGAGAGAUUUGUGAUGAAAUGGUUAAGAUGGAAUGCUUCUCUCGCUGUUGCAGCCUUGACUUGUUUUAUUUACUGCCAAGUGAAAUCACUGUGACUUUUUACAGCUUAAAAAACUGAACAAAUAAUCUGAGUAUCUGUUUUUACAUUCCAGACUGGCUCUCACUUCCAGAGUGUUCUUACCCCGACUUAGUUAAUCAUUGUGGUCUGUCUUUUUGCUCUUUCAAGGAAGCAUUUAGAGAAAAAACAUACAUUGUACCAUUUUAAAGUGUAUAUACUAUAGAUAAAUCAUUAGAUAAGAACUCUAUGAGAAACUGUUCAUGUUUACUUGCCAACUAGAAUGAGACAACACAAGGAUUGUAUUGAUGUCAAAAUCGGACCAUAAUAUCGAUGGUUUGUCUACAGAAGCACACAGGUAGCUAUAUUUACCAUGAGUAUAACAUUAGACGAUGGUGUGUUUUGUCAUAAGAUAAAUGCUGCUUUCAGUGUAUUUCAUUUAACCCUAUGUAUGUUAAUUCCCUGUAAAGUAAACCAUCUAUCUGUUUUUAUUUUGACGCACUGUUUAGGAGUUUACACUAAAAGCAGUGUUUGGGGUUAUUUAUAUGGUGUUAUAUCAUUGUACAAAACAUUGUCGGUUGUACAGUAUUAAAUGAAAGUUUGCUUUCGGGUGAAAUUCAGGUCUUUAGAUUUGUUCAUAUAAUUCACUGUUUUUAUCAGAAGGGGCAGCGGGGUUUGGUUGUUGAAAAAAAAACACUAUCUUUGUAUUAUAUGCAUCAUUUUUGGGUCAUCUGCUUAAACGCUUCCUGCUGUUUUCCUCCUCUUCAUCCUGUGGGCCCAAGUCCAGCUGCCCACGCCUAUCAGCCUGAUACAGAGGUACCUGCUGUCUGUGAUUAAACCAUUGCUUGGUCCCAAAUGUGAGCAAACACAAGGCAUGCUGGAUCAAAGUGUCACUUCCUAUUGCUCGUUGGAAACUACUGGAUCACUGAGAGAAGUGACUGGACAUUAUGUAUGUAAGUUACUGGGUGUUUCAAUCUGACUUUUUCUUCUUUUUUUUCCACAAUGACUUGGAUAUUGGAUACAGGAAGUAUCUAUCAAACCAGCCGGAAAUCUGAUAAACACUUGAGAAUUGGUGUUUGCGGCAUUUGACAGCUUAUCAUGUUGUUUUUCAUUCAAAGUGUUCAUAAAGUAUGUUGCUACACUCUCCUCAGUGAGGCAUGUUAGUCAUUCAUUAAAAAAAACAAGGCACAUUGUUAUUGGAGAUAAUGUGUAUAUUUUCAUCAAGAAAUUGCCAUUUUUCCUUGAUUUGUGUUCCUUACUGUUUCUCUAAAUCUUUGUUUGCUUGACAGCUCAGUUAAUAUUCUCAGAAAUGUGAUGAUGGAAAGUAACUGAUAGAAUGUUAAACAAAUGCUUGCUUACAACACUUAUCUACAGUAAAUCCCAGUGGAUAGAGGCGUGGUCUUUUUGAAAAUAAUUAAGCAUUUCUACUCCUGUAAAUAAUAUCCAAACUCAGCUAUCAAUGACAAAAGUGAAAUAAAUUAUCAUAAUAAUCUAACUUUCAAAAGUGUGUUAAAUGACUAAGUACACAUUAAAGGCCAAAAAAUAUGUUUGCUUGUGGUUAAAGAAACCACUUUAGUGUGCUGUAAUACUGUUGUUUAGGAAAGUAGAGGGAAAUGUCUGAUCUGUACACAUUAAAGGGAUAGUUAGGAUUUUUUAAAUCAGAGUUUAUAUGAGGUACUUAUCCAUUGUCAGUGUUUAAUACCAGUAUAUUUGAUGGCGGUCGGCACUGCCCCAGUUUGGAGAUAGAUAUCCAUCUAACCAGACUCCUUUGACGAAAACUGUAAUUUUACCUUUCAGAAGGUGUAAGUUACUCCUCAUUUGAUUAGUUUGUUUUACUUUUCUUGUUUUAACCUUUAAUAGGGCACUCAUUGAAAUACUUGCAAAUUCCAAAUUUCAACCCUAGAGAAUAUUGGAGGAUAUUACAUACAGCCAGAAUGUGUAAAAAAACAA